AUGGCGGGCGUCCCUCCUGUACCGGGAUCUGGGCGCGGCCGCGGAAUGACUCUUCCUGCAUGGAUGACGGGCGGCAAGUCUAUGCCACCAGUUGGAGCGCCGGCCGCUGGCGCGGCUCCCGGAGCAGCUCCAGCGACCGCCGCUCCUUCCGGGGGCGGCAACGCUCCGUCGCCGUCCCCGCCUGCUCCCUCGAUGGCGCACGACGACUCCAAAUCGCCCGCCGUCAUGGGUCGCGGAGCGCCGCCCAUGCACGCGGCGGGUCGCGGGGGGCCUAUAGGCGCGCCUCCCAUUGGCGGUCCCCCGCAGCCUUCCCCCGGCGGCGGUUUGUUGCCCGGGCCUGCAGGCCGCGGACAGUACCAGCCGCCAGGAGCGCCAGGAGCUCCGGGAGCGCCGGGAGCGCCGGGAGCACCGCCGGGCGCGCCAGGCAUGGGAGCGGCGCACCUGCCGCCGGGCCCAGGACGCACUCAGCCACCGCCCCAGCAGCCGCCAGGGCAAGCCCCUCCGGGACAGCAGCAGGCGCAGGGGCAAGGGCCGCCGGGAGCGCCAGGCGCGCCGGGAGCUCCGGGCGCACCGGGAGCGCCAGGAGCGCCAGGAGCUCCCGGAGCGCCGGGAACAGCAGCACCAGGGGCGGGGGGACCAGGCGGACCUGCCCCUCCCGGCGCUCCUUAUGGCGCUCGCCCUGGCGGGCCCCCGCUUCCCCCUGGCGCCCCCCCUCAGGGGCACUACGCCUCUCCCCAGCAGCAGUUCCGCCCGCCCUACCCAGGCGCCCCUCCGCCGCGCCCCUUCCCCCCGCUUCCCCCGAACGCUCCGCCCGGCCACCUUCCCCCGUACGGCGCGCAAGGGCACCCCCAACAGUACCCCGGGCAGCACCAGCCGCACCCGCAGUACCCUGGCGCCCCCGGCCAGCCCCCCCAAUACCCCGGCCAGCAGCAGCAACAGCAGCAGCAGCCGCCGCCGCAGCAGCAGCAGCCGUACCCGUCCUACCCCCCCAUGCCCGGUCACAUGCCCGCCCCCGGAUCCUACCCCCCCCAGCAGCACCCGCCCCAUCAGCAACCGCACUGGCAGGUGCCCGGCGCGCCUGCGCCAGGGGGAGCGCAGGGGGGGCCUGGCGCUGGAGGGGCGCAGGCAGCAGCGCAGGGCGCGCCUGGGGGGGCAGCCCCUGCUGCUACUACUGCUGGAGGGGUGCCCCUCCCCCAGAUGCCACCUCCCGCCACAGCAACGCCCGCCCCCGCGGCCACACAGGCCGCACCUGGGGGAGGCGCAGCUGCUGCCCCAGCGGGCGCUACGGGUACCGGGGGCGGAGCGGCGGCGGAGUGGCAAGAGUACACAACACCGCAGGGGCGCAAGUAUUUCUUCAACAAGCGCACGCAGCAGUCGAGCUGGGAGAAACCCACUGACCUCAUGACUCCCAGCGAGCGUGCGGAUGCGACAACAGUGUGGAAGGAGUUCACGACAGCAGAGGGGCGAAAGUACUUCUUCAACAAGAUCACCAAGCAGAGCACGUGGACCAUCCCCGCUGACCUCAAGGCCGCACGGGAGAGGGCUGCCGCAGAACAAGCAGCAGCGGCAGGCACAGCCGCACCUCCCGCCGCCGCUGCCGCUGCUCCCGCUGCUGCCGCUCCCGCUGCUCUCCCCGCAGCACCCGUGACACCAGUAGCACCAGUCAUGCCAGGAGCACCCGGAGCAGCAGCAGCAAUGGCGAGUGUGGUGCCCCCCCUGCCAGGUGUCCCCCCACCCACCGCCGCACCAGGAGCUGUACCUCCUGCUGCCUACGCGUACACGCCUCCUCUCCCAGGGAUGGCGCCAUUGGUGCCAGGCGCAGGGCCGCUGGGUGCUUCCCCUGUGCCGCUUGCUGGUGUUCCUCUGCCUGCUGCCGCUGCUACCGCGCCUGGAAUGGCUGCCGUGACCCCGCCGCUUCCCCCUGCUGCGCCCACACAGGCACAGGCACAACCAGCUCAAGCUGCAGCAGAGGCCAAGGGAGCGCCAGGAGUGAGCAAGAUCAACAUCACGCCCAUCACGGAACCCAAGCCGCCUCCCGCCCCUGUGGGCGAGCCUGUCUAUGCUACCAAGCAGGAGGCCAAGGCGGCGUUUAAGGAGCUGCUGGAGGCGGUGGGGGUGACGUCAGAGGGCACGUGGGAUCAGGCGAUGAAGAAGAUCAUCAGUGACAAGCGAUACGGCGCUCUCAAGACGUUGGGGGAGAGGAAGCAGGCCUUCAAUGAGUACAUAACGCAGCGUAAGAAGCAGGAGGCGGAGGAGAAGCGGCUGCGGCAGAAGAAGGUGCGCGAGGACUUCAUCGCCAUGCUGGACGAGUCCAAGGACCUCUCCUCCUCCAUGCGCUGGCAGAAAGCGGCUCCCCUGUUUGAGAAGGACCUGCGGUGCGUGGCGGUGGAGUCGGAGAGGGAGAGGGAGGAGCUCUUUGACGACUACCUCGUUGACCUCGUCAAGAAGGAGAAGGGCCGAGGGAGGGAGGAGAGGAAGCGCAACAUGGCGGAGUUCAAGCACCACCUCCACACGUGCGCCUAUGUCACCUCCGCCACGCACUACCGCAAGGUGCAGGACCGGGUGGAGGAGCAUGAGAGCUGCGCCAAGCUCGAUAAGAUCGACCGCCUUGAAGUCUUCCAGGAAUUCCUUCGUGAGCUGGAGAGGAGGGAGGACGAGGAGAGGCAGCAGAAGAGGGAGCAACAGCGGCGCCAGGAGCGCAAGAACCGGGAUGGUUUCCGGCGGCUGAUGGACGAGCACAAGGCGGCGCUCACCCUCACUGCUCGCACUCGCUGGCGCGACUACGUCAACGUGGUGAAGGACGAGCCGGCGUACAUGGCAGUAGCAGCCAACCUGGGCGGGUCAACGCCCAAGGAGCUCUUUGAGGAUGUCAUUGACGACCUCGACAAGCAGUACAAGGAGGACAAGGACAAGAUCAAGGACCUCAUCAAGAAGAAGAAGGUGGUGGUGACGUCAGCCACCACCUUCGAGGCGUUCAAGGCUGCUCUGGGCUACGCCCCUCCGCCUCCCCUGCCGCCUCCCCCCGCUGCUGCUCCCGAUGCUGGUGCUGGCACGGCAGUAAAGGCGGAGGCGAAGGAGGAGGGGAAGGAGGGAGAUGUGGAGAUGAACGGAGUGAAAGAGGAGGGGGGCGUGAAGAAGGAAGACGGAAUUACAGAGGAGGGAGCAAAGGAGGGAGCGAAGGAGGGAGCGAAGGAGGGAGAGGGGGAGGCAGGGAAGGUGAAGGAGGAGCCUCAGAAGGAGGGCAAGGAGGGAGGAGAGGCGGGAGCUGCUGAGGACAACAAGACAACAGUCAAGCAGGAGGAGGGCGACAAGGCAGUGAAGCAGGAGGAGGGCGCGGGCCCGGCGAAGAAAGAGGAGCAGGCAGAGGAGAGCAAGGAGGGCAAGGAGGAGGUGAAGCUGCCGCCACCGCCACCGCUGCCACCGAAAGCUGAUGAGUCGACUCCUAAGGUCGCCGAUAUGAGCCUCAAGAUAGUGUGGGAGGAUCUGGUGGAGCGGGCAGUGGAGAGGGAGGAGAAGGAGGCGCGGCGCAAGAAGCGGCUGGCAGAGGACCUUGCGGACGCAUUGAGGGGCGUCAAGGGGCUCUCUGGGAGCACCACGUGGGAUGAGGCGAAGCCACUCGUUCAGUCGCUGUCAGAAUACAAGGCGAUACCGGAGGAGGCGGAGAGGCGCAAGGUGGUGGAGGAGCAUGUGGCUCGGCUGCUGCACAAGGAGAAGAAGAGGGAGAAGGAGAAGGAGAAAGAGAAGGAGAAGGAGAGGAAGAAGAAGGAAGAGAAGGCGAAGAAAGAAGAAGAGAAGAAGGAGAAGGAGAAGAAGGAGAAGGAAGAGCGGGAGAAGGAGAAAGAGGAGAAGGAGAAGAGGAAGGAGAGAGAGAAGAAGGAAAAGGAGGAGAAGAGGGAAAAGGAAAAGGAGAAGGAGAAGGAGAGAGAGAAAGAUAAGGAAAAGGAGAAGGAGAAACGGGAGAAGGAGAAGGAGAAGGCAAAGGAGAGAGGCAAGGAGAGGAAGGGAGAGGAGAGUGAGAGUGAUUCUGAGAAGGUAAGUGAGGAUAGGAGGAGCAAGGAUAAGGAGAGAGCAAAGAAGGAUAAGGGCAAGGAAGCAGAGGGCAGCAAAGAAGGUAAGGCGAAAGGGGACGAGAAGGAUAAGAGGGAUGGGGCUGAGGACAAGAAGAAGAGAGAUGGGGAGAAGAAGAGGAAGGAUAGGGGGGAAUCGGAUGAGAGCGAGGGAGAGGAGGAAGAGCUAGAGGAGGGAGAGGACAGGCCUAGGGGCAGCAAGCAGGCGAGGAAGAGUGGUGAUGCGUCUGAUGAGGAAGGGGAGGAGCGCGAGAAAGGGAAGGAGUUGGAACGAUCUAAGGCAAAGGAGAAGAGGAAGGAGCACAGGAGGCGGUCUAGGAGGGAUGAGAGUGAGGAUGAGGAUGAGGAGGAUGAGGAAGAGAGGGAGAAGGGUGGGAAGAAACGAGAGAAGAGGGAUAGGGAGGAGGAGAAGGAGAAGAGUCGAUCCAAGGAUAAGCGAGAGAAAGAUGAGAAGGACGAGAAGGGGAAGGGGAAGGAGAAGGAGAAGGAUAGGGAGGAGAAGAAGAAGGGGAAAGGGAAGGACGAUAAGGAAAGGGAGAAGGAGAAGGAGAGGAAGCACAGGAGGAGGCAUCGGGAUGAUGAGGAGGAUGAGGACGAGGAGGAGGAUGAGAAAGAAUCUCGCAGGUCCAAGCGUAGCAAGGGCAGCAGCGACCACCGGCGGUCCUCCCGCAAGCCAGUGGACAGGACCAGCUCCGCUCUUUUCAUCCGCCUGCCGCCCCUCCUAUACUGGAGACGACCAGCUCCGGCCUUUUCAUCCGCAUCCCGCCCCUCUCGCCGGCCAAAGCGGCGCUCUGCUUUGUGGUACGGCCGAUGGGGGCCAUGGGGUGGUGAGGGCCAUGGGGAUGGUAUGGCCGAUGGGGGUGGUAUGGCCAAUGGGGGUGGCAUGGCCAAUGGGGUUGGUAUGGCCGAUGGGGGUGGUAUGGCCAAUGGGGUUGGUAUGGCCGAUGGGGGUGGUAUGGCCAAUGGGGUUGGUAUGGCCGAUGGGGGUGGUAUGGCCAAUGGGGUUGGGGAGCCGACACCCCUGCCGCCCUUCACGCCUGUUGUCUCCGCUCUCUGCACACUCAUGGCAGUGCUGGGCGUGUGUGCAGCGUUCACGGUGCGCACGAUUCGAAUCGACGGCUCACAGCUGCUGCACACGUGGCAGCUGUUUGAUUGGACCAUCAAUACCGCCAUCCCCACUGCGUCUAUUGUUCGCGUCUCCCUCUGCAAAAUGCAAGUCUCCCUCUGCAAGUUGGUAAACUCCUCGCAUCACCACCUCCCUCGCAUCACCACCUCCCUCGCAUCACCCCCUCCCUCGCAUCACCCCCUCCCUCGCAUCACCCCCUCCCUCGCAUCACCCCCUCCCUCGCAUCCCCCCCUCCCUCGCAUCACCCCCUCCCUCGCAUCCCCCCCUCCCUCGCAUCACCCCCUCCCUCGCAUCCCCCCCUCCCCUGCGCCACACACCUCUCACCGCAUACCCUCUUGCAGCAGAGGCGGUUCAACACGGCGUAUUUCUGUCGGGUCACAGCAGCAGCCGGCAAGCAGCUUGACUUUGGGUGGCAUCUAUCCAAAGAGGAGAACUUGUGGCUGCAACAGGAGGUCUCCUCGUACCUGCUCUCCCUGGCUGCGGGGUCUGUUUGAUUCGAUUGCUUUCUUUUUGCCAAAACACGUGCAGUCAGGCAGCACCAUAAUGCCAUAA